AUUAAUGGAUAUCAGUGCAGCUGUGAAGCUGGAUGGAUCAGCUCAAGAUGUGAAACUGAUGUUAAUGAAUGUGGAUCGGCUCCCUGUCUUAAUGGCGGCUCUUGUCAAGACUUGGUCAAUGCGUUUGAGUGCAUUUGCUUGAGUGGAUACACAGGUGAAUUUUGUGAAGUGGAUAUUGACGUUUGCACUGAACCUCUUCUGAACUCAUCCCUCUGUUUCAAUGGAGGUAAAUGUGUUGACGGCCCUGGAAGAACUUUUUAUUGCAGGUGCCUGGAUGGAUUUUCUGGUCAUUUUUGUGAAACAGAUAUAAAUGAGUGCAGCUCUUCACCUUGCCUACAUGGUUCAGUCUGUGAAGAUCUUAUUAAUGGAUAUUUCUGCAGAUGUCAGCAAGGCUGGGAAGGUUUCAACUGUGAAGAGGAUAUCAACGAAUGUGCAUCGAACCCCUGCCUGCAUGGGAUUUGCAUGCAGAAUCAACCAGGCUUAGGCUACACCUGUUAUUGUGAGCCAGGAUUUGUGGGCCGAAGCUGUGAGCUUAAUUACAACGAUUGCUUGAUACAGACCUGCCCUGCUGGGUUCUUGUGUGUGGACGGAAUAAACGAUAUCACCUGUUUACCUGUAGUCCCCCAGAGGGACCAAAUCAUCCCCGAAACAGGAGUGUCUCCUACGGAGGCUUUAGAGAGAGGCCUCCCAGAAGUCCGCGCAAGCCUCCAGUCCUCAGACACAAAUAUUUCUCAGACUUCCACAGAUUUUAGCUAUAUCCAGUACCAAGGCGAUUCUUACAUGAAAUUCCAGGGUUUUCGUUUGUAUCCACAAAACAACAUCACUUUAGAAUUCCAGACCUCUGGCUACCAAGGAGUCAUUCUCUAUAUUGAACAGAAUCCAACAACAAUGGGACAAUUCCUGAUUCAACUUUCUGUCAAGCAAGGCACUUUACAGUACCAAUUUGCAUGCGAUGACAGAGCAGCGAUUCGAAACAUCAGCACUAAUUUUAGAGUGGAUGAUGGACAGAAAUACAAUGUGCAUGUUAGGCAAGACUCCAUAAUGUGUGAAGCUGAACUGACUAUCCUGGGAGUAACUACAAAGACAAGCAUGCCCAGCAAUAAUUGGUCGCCUUUUGUUUGGCAAGAAACAGGACCGAUAUUCAUAGGUGGCUUACCUGAAAAUUACACAACAAAGCAGGUGACUCCAUCUGUCUACAAUUUUAGUGGCUGCAUAGAAGUUACAGGAAUCAAUAACAUGGGACCUUUCACCUUUUCUAAUGCUGUGGAUAAAAACAAUAUUGACAGCUGCAGAUCAUCUUUCGCUCUCUUAUUUGGAAACAAGGCAGUAAACAGAGCUCUUUCACAAAGGCCGCUAAGCUUUUGA